AUGCAGCACAGCAAAGGACUGGAGUCCCCGGAGCUGGGACGGACGGUCUCGCGCUCGCGCAGCACCAGCAUGUCCAGCGACUCGCAGCUCUCCCGCACCCACCUGCUGGCUCCCCCACCAGUGAUCCCCGCGCCCUCGUAUAUCGCAUCGUCCGCCGCCGCUCAGAUCAUCACCGCUGACCAAGAGUUCAACGCUGCCGACUUCGUGGCGGAUGAUGAAGGCCAUGGAUCAAGUGCAAGUGCCCUUGUAACCCGCGAGGCCCUCUCGGCUCUGAAUGCAUUCCUCGAUAAUCUCCUGUUCAACAUCCUGGCCGCGGCCAAGUCCACCCAAUUAGUCAAUAUCCGCCCCGCAGUCGCGGAGGUGUUAAAGCCUCGACUCGCCAAGGAGAUGGUUUCAGCGGCGGACGAUGAGCUGAGCGAAUACUUGGGAGGACCGGAAGAUGAACAGAUUGAAUUCCGUGGCGGCCAAACCUCAAUCGGAGAUUUUGAUCUUGUUCGCUCAUGGAAACUGACCCGACUGCGAUGUAUGGUCUACACCCGGCUCGGUGACAUGGAGGAAGAUGAUGAGGAGGACUAUAUCAACCAGGAAAUCCUCGGCGAAGAUGAAGGCGGCCUCCGGAGGCUGGCAAGCCAUGUUGGAUACAUUACGCCUGCUGCUUCCAUAUUUCUCACUUCCAUUAUUGAGCACAUCGGCGAACAAGCUCUGGUUAUCGCGGGCGAGACAGCUCGGUCGAGACUAUCAGCAAACCUUGGUGAUGACAACGAAUCGGUAGAGGCCGGUGCGAACCGGGGGAGUAUGGACCGGCUGAUCGUGGAGGACCAUGAUAUGGAGAGGCUGGCACUGAACCCGACCUUGGGAAGACUGUGGCGGACGUGGAGAAAACGAGUGCGAGGAGCCAACUUGUCACGAGCAGUUUCCAGGGAAUCUCUACGACAUCGCCACAGCCUGGUUUUCAUGAACGGCAGUAGGAAGAACAGUGCUGUCACGAUAGGCGAGAUCUCACCGCGGUCUGCAUCCUCGCGGUCUGCGACCUCGCCGCUCUCAGAGACUCGGCCUGAGUUGGACCCAGCUUCUGUCCCACUGCCAGUGAGUGAGCACGACAUCCAGGAAAUCGAAACCCCGAACUUCCUUCCGGAGCUCGACACUAGCGAUGUUCAAACGAUGCAGGCCGUUGUGGCCCACAAGGUCCGACCUCACAGCUUGAUGGUACUCACGCUACCCUCACCUAGAUCGCCAUCGUCCAACGGAAAUUCCCCUCUCACGCCCAAAAUUCAAACGGUGAAAAUCACACGCCACGCUCGAUCGAGAUCCCUGCCCAAUGCUGGUCCAGAGGAAGCAUCGGGAGUUGAAGAGCCUGCCGAGCGCUCAUCACCCACACCAUCGGAGGAGAGAAGACGCUUGGAAACGAUGUAUGAGCAUGAUGAGGAUGAUGAGCCAGACGUCGAACAGAGACACCAGUCGAAGGUGGACGGCACGGCAAAUAAACCACGGACUGCCGACGAAAAAGAGCCGGCGGAUGCUACUGCCGCAACCCCGUCGACGUCGGGUGCAUCGGUCGAGGUAGCCACGAGUGCAGCUAGUAGUACUUCAGUAUCGUCGUCUGCUCUGAUUGAAGAGCUUGAGGGACACGAGACGGGUGAGAAGCCCGUACUGGCGAUUGACGAGUCGACUACCCCUGGGCCUAUCGACGCGGCGCCGGGGACGCAAGGGGUCGACUCCACCCCGGCCCAACCCGCCGCCGAUCACGACGAUGCGUCCCAGGCUCCUGAUGCCGACCUGUCGACCACCGAACCCUCAGCCCCUCCUACAGCUCAACCUUCCGCGGACGACGCAGCCGUGGAUAAGCUUCCUCGGCCGGUUUCAAUUUCUGGAGAGAGUACCCAUUCGGACAGUUCGCGGACGCUGCCUUUCAAAUCCAGCACACCCCCCCUGGUAACCGGGAGUCAUCAGCGAUACGGGCGCUCGAGCCCAGGGAUAUCCUCCGUCAACUCCGGCAUCGAACGCGCCGCAGUUCAACGAUUAUCGGGGCGGUAUUCCGCCUCGGUAGCCUCUUCCAUCUAUUCCAAGCCUCGCCGCUCGGGCAGUUUCAGCAGCAGCCGCGAGAGACGUCCAGUCACAGCGGGCUCUUCCACUUCUCAGGUUUCUAGCAAGUUGAAAGGCCUUAUCGGUCGACCUGGAGACUCCGGCUCUAUUCGUCUCCGUAGCUCUUCCGAAGUAAGCAGGGUAUCAACCAGGGAGUCAACGUACGAGGAUACCUCCGGCUUGGACGACUUGAUUCGCAGCGAGGAGACGAUUCACUUCACCCUCACACCAAAAAGCAUGAGGGAAAUGGAGUUGCCGGAUUCACCCAGAUGGCGUGCUCAGCAACCAAGUACGGUUGAUUUGACCGACUUGGAGAAGAGUACCAGUCCACCCGCGGAGACCAUUCCUCGAUCGAGAACCUCUACCGCUUCAUCGAAAAGUAUCGUGGACCUUCCAACAGUACCCAAGUACAGUCAGCCGAAGCCUCGAUCCAUCGAAAUUCCCGCCACGAACCCGCAGCAGAAAUCGAUGGUUGGACCGGCUCGGGAUGCGAAGCAAAGCCUUGAGUCUACCAGUGAUUUCUCAAACUUCCUGAAGUCGACUGGGCCAAAUACUCCAACCACUCCCGCGACGAUCGAAAGCAGCCCUCUGAAGUCGCCACGCUUGCGCCGUUUGUCUGAUGCCACAGAAAUAGCGAAAAAGCUCACCCGGCCUGCAAGUGGUGCUGUUUCUGUUUCCAGCUCUGCCCGCAGCGGGCCUCGCAUGGAAGCCCGCUCCGCCGUGGUUCCAAGAGGAGAUCAAACGUCCGACUUGAUCGAUUUCAUUCGGGAAGGCCCACCGACUGCCGGGGCUCAUCGUAUCCCGCGUACCGUGGCUCCCUUCAGGGAUACCAUGGACUCGGACGAAUUGCAAGCCAUUGAACCUGGCCGCACCGGGACAGCAGCCCCCUCGGUGGCCAGUUCGACGGCCGAAAAGUCUAUGACAUCCAUUGGCUCUCGUACAGGGCUUUUGGAAUCGACUAGCCGGACGAGCGCCCCGACCGUUCUUGCUAAGGAAACGAGCAUGAUGUCUUCUGGCGCUGUGAGCGCAUCUGAUGACUUCCGUCCGCCGCGGACAAGGCGCCGGGUGCCAGACCCAUAUGCUAUUGAUUUGGACGACGAUGAUCUUGAUGACUUGCUUGAGGAGCCGAAGCCGAAGCGUGACGAGGAGAGUCUGAUAGACUUCCUACGCAAUGUACCGCCGCCUGAGGCUGCACCGGCGCCGCAGCCUUUGGCCACAAAUACCAAUGCCCGGCGAAGUUCAUCUGCCGGAUUCGGCGGCGCGUCGGUGAAAGCCCGACUUCUUCGCAACACAUCUUCCGAAAAGACACCCUUACCGAAAGCCUCCAAGAGCUCGCUGCGCCAGCAGCCAGACAGUUAUGUGGGUGGGACCUCGAACUAUACCGUCAAGGUUAGCAUGGAGCGCAAUGCUGGAGGCAUGAAUGGUGCUUACGGCCUAAAGACCGCCUCAAGUCGACAGACCGAGACUAGCGCAUUGGCUGAUUUCCUCAAGAACACUGGGCCUCCUGAGCCCCCUGUGACGAGACCUCCUGUUGCUGUCAAGUCAAAGGAUUCAGGAUUUGCACGACUCUUUGUGCGUCGCAAGAAGGUUGAGGCCUGA